AUGGCUAGCAAAAGUUGUGGUCAAUGUAUAAAGCAACAUCCUGAUUGUGCAUGGUGCUUGGAUCCUUUCAUGCAAGGACCAUAUCGGUGUGAUACUCGACAAUUAAUGGAUCGUAAUUGCUCCGAACAUUUAAUUUAUCAUCCAAAAACAGAACAGAAAAUUGCAUCUCAGCAUAAUUACCCUCUGGGAAGCAGACAUUAUGAUGGUUCGAUUGUUCAGCUUGAACCGCAACAGGUGAUAUUAAGGAUGAAACCAGGAACGAUUCAUGAAGUGAAAUUUAAAUAUAUGCGUCUCAGUGCAGAUGAGCAAACCGAUUUCGUCAUUUUGACGAGCGAGUUUAAUUCCUUAGGGAUAGGAAUUGACUUUGGUGUUAUUUGCCAUGGCGUAUUUGUAUCAGGUCGAAGGUGUAAAGAUAUAAAUGCAUCUGAAGAAAUCAAUUUUGUUGCGAAAGUUUCUCUAAACAAAUGUAUAGCCUCAGGCGAUAUUGCUAUUUCUAUCGGAGUUUAUGGAUAUCGCACGGUAUCGGCUAUUUAUAUAACACCUAUUUGUGGCUGUGAUUGCGAAAAAUUGCAGAAUCAGGAGAAAAGAUCACCUUAUUGUGGUGGUUUCGGAGACCUAAUAUGUGGUAGAUGCGAAUGUGCUCAUGGUAGAGGAGGUAAUAACUGCGACUGCGAUUUAAGAAGUUUCGGUGUUAACACUGCGGAUGAACUUGAAAGCAAAUGUAGAGCCAGUGAAGAUGAACCAGUCUGUAGUGGUAAUGGAAAAUGUAGAUGCGGGGAGUGUCACUGCAACGCUCCACAUAUAACAGGUCAUUUCUGUGAGUGUAAAGGUUUGGAUUGUCCUAAAGAUACAGAACAACGUCUAUGUGGUGGACAAGGCGAGUGUCAUUGCGGAAUUUGUAGAUGUGAAGAAGGCUUUACUGGCGAUGAUUGCACUUGCACACUUGAUGAGAAAAACUGUAUGGAUGGAGGGAAAUUAUGUAACAACAAUGGCAACUGCGAAUGUGGUAAAUGUGUGUGUUUGGAAGGUUACACAGGUCCAACUUGUGGUAUUAUUAAGCCGGAUAAAGUCCAAGGUCCUCCUAAUUUGGAACCAUAUGGCAAUCAAAAGAUAUCCUCUGGUGAAACCGAUGAAAAGGAAGAUGCCAAUUUAUAUGAAGAUAAUCAAGAUGGAGAACCGCUUCCACCAGCUGAUAAUGAUAAUGAUAAUGAUAAGGGUCACGGCGAUAAAAAUUUCGCUGAUUCCACAGUCGAAUCAAUAAAACAAAAUCAUGCGAUUCGAUUAUUUCGAAUAUCAUUAUUACUGGAAAUUUUCGUUAUUAUUUUUAGAUUUACAUAA